GCAGCACCUGCCCCGCCUUGCGGAGGCGCCUCUGCCCGGCCUGAGGAGCCCCCGCCGGGUCAGGACGCCACCGGCCCCACCUUCUGAUCUUUUAUCACAUCACUUCUUCCUGAGAGCCUGUCUUGAUUUCCUUUACCUCCUUUCCUGGAGACUAGUGGCUCAGCAGAAGACAAGUGAAGCCUUGUGCAAAUGCCCUAGAGGUGUGCUGUUCAAAGGGAAGAAUCUCCGGUGAUGCAGAGCUCUAUACUUGGAAUCAUCAGUUUGAGUUGCCUGAGGCCCUGCAGCCCUGGGGACCAUGUUUAACGGGGAGCCUGGUCCAGCCUCAGCUGGGGCCCCCAGGAAUGUGGUUCGGAGCUCCAGCAUCAGUGGUGAAAUCUGCGGAUCCCAGCAAACUGGGGGUGGGACUGGGACCACCACCGCCAAGAAGCGACGUAGCAGCCUGGGUGCCAAGAUGGUGGCCAUCGUGGGCCUGACUCAGUGGAGCAAGAGCACACUCCAGCUUCCUCAACCUGAAGGGGCUACCAAGAAGCUGCGGAGUAACAUCCGAAGAAGCACGGAGACAGGCAUUGCGGUGGAGAUGCGGAGUAGAGUCACGCGUCAGGGCAGCCGGGAAUCCACGGAUGGGAGCACAAACAGCAACAGCUCCGAUGGCACGUUUAUCUUCCCCACCACCCGGCUCGGAGCUGAAAGCCAGUUCAGUGAUUUCUUGGAUGGGCUGGGACCAGCGCAGAUUGUGGGGCGACAGACACUGGCAACACCUCCCAUGGGAGAUGUGCACAUUACCAUCAUGGACAGGGGUGGCCAGCUAGAGGUGGAAGUCAUUGAAGCUCGGGGCCUGACUCCCAAGCCAAGUUCCAAAUCCCUCCCAGCCACCUAUAUCAAGGCUUACCUGCUGGAAAAUGGAGCCUGUUUAGCAAAGAAGAAGACAAAGAUGGCCAAGAAGACCUGUGACCCUGUGUACCAGCAGGCUCUGCUCUUUGAAGAAGGGCCCCAUGGCAAGGUGCUGCAGGUGAUCGUCUGGGGAGACUAUGGUCGCAUGGACCACAAGUGUUUCAUGGGCAUGGCCCAGAUCAUGCUGGACGAGCUGGAUCUGAGCGCUGCAGUCACCGGCUGGUACAAACUCUUCCCCACCUCCUCUGUGGCAGACUCCACACUUGGAUCCCUCACCAGGCGCCUAUCCCAGUCCUCCCUGGAGAGUGCCACCAGCCCCUCAUGCUCCUAAGGACCUCACUCAGGAUGAGAGGUUGGGAGGAGGUGUGGGAAGGGGACCUGCUGGUCUUUACCUCCCCCUGUACAUAGUCUCUGUAUCUCUCUGGACCCUUACCCUGCUGCAUGUCUGUUGGCUACUGGGCUCGUCCCAGCUGGCAGUGGAGACUGUAGUCUGUGUGCGUGUGUGUGUGUGUGUGUGUGAUUUGUGUCUGUGUCUACAUGUGUAUGUGUUACCACAUGUGUGUGACCACAUUAUAUCUGUUCACUUGUCUAGGUACAGUCACUCCUGGUGACCACAUGUCUCUUUGUAUCACACUGAAAAGAGGAGUGUUGUGUGGACCCAACUCACUCCCAGGAAUCUCCAGAAGUGGAAGUGGGGAGAUGGGGCCACUGGUUGGUUGAUCCUGCCUGGUCCCCUGCCAGGGGCAGAACUCACUUGUGCCUCUGCUUGGUGAUCUUCGCUUAGGUUUUUGUCUUGUCUUUUGUACACCCUUUACCUCUCCCAGCAUUGCUGCUCUUUUUUGAGGAAUGUAGCAUCCACUGCAGCUGGCCAUAACUAUGCCCUCCUGGGAGCCCCCACACCCCAUCCCAGCUGCUCUGGCAGCUCUCCCCACUGAACACAUCUUGCAGCAUGUAGCAGUCAUCCAGCACCUUAGCUAGGGACCCAGGGGUGGCUGAAGAUGCCCAGGGAGCAGAGGGCUUUGGAAUGGCUUUUUCCUUGGGCUAGACACACCUUCUUUCUACAGGCAAGUACAAGGAGGUACAGGCAAGUACUCCUUAGUUCCCAGGGGUACUGGCCAGAACCCCCAGCAGGAAGGGCCAGGUGCUCCCUUGGCUUUCAUUUGUCACCUCCUUUUUCCCAGCCUUCUCUCCUCUGAGAUGCCGAAGGAGCUCUCUUGGUAGACCCAGGAGUCCAUGGAGAUGUUGCCUUCCCUAGACUCCAAGAGUGGCCCAUCCCACCCUGGGCUCCUCCUUAGGGGCACAUGGCUUGGCAAGAGAUGCUGAGGGUAGGGAUGUUUGCUAGAAUAAGAAAUGCUGAGGCUGACUGCUGAGAAUCUGCCUGACCUUUGGGAAUUAGCUGCAUGAAGCUGUUCACUGGGGGCUCUUAUUUUUUGCUCAUUUCCAGACCAGGGUCCCUGUCUGGAGUUCAGACAUACUUGGGCUUUAGCCUCCUGGCUCCAUGAGCAGCCUGGCUCUGGACUCUGGUCUGCCCAGUCACCAGCUCUGUAUAAGCAAUACUUUCCCUCUUAGCUUCCUUGCCUUCUCAUAUGCUCCCACUGCCCUCUGGGAAAUGGCCUGCUCUGGGCACACCAAUUGCCUCUGCUUUAUUUCCUACGCUGUGUGAGGCUUCUUUUAGCUACUCAGACACCAAAUUGACUGCUAGGCCCUGUUGUGAGAACCAGGGCCCGGAUGGACCCUGGGAGAUGUCCCAUCUGAAGUCUGGCUCAGGAAUGCCACAUCUGUCCUCUCUCCUCAACUCUAGGGUGGAGGGUGAGAGGCUUCCCGGGGGAUGGACAGAGCAGCUCUGGGUUCAAGGUUGGUAGGCAGUAGGUAGCAGGAGGGACCAUGAUAUGGGAAAGGCUGCCUUUCUGCUGCUUCUACAGCUACUGUGCCCAAGUGCUCAUGUACUUCUUGCCUGUGCACACUGGCUGGAGAGAGCUACUGACGUAGCAGUGAAGGGCCUCAGGCCCGAGUGCUGAGCUUUCAGUCAUUCUAAAGCUGGAAGGGGAAAGGCCAUCUCGGUCCAAGGGCCUCCUUUUCUGGCAAGGAUCCUCAACUAUGUGGAAGCCAGAGUCUUGUGAUCUACCUCACAAGGGGAUGAGGGAAAGAAGCCAAGACCCACUGGUUUUACCCACCACAAAAGUGGGUAAGGGCAGGAAGGAAAUGUACAAUAGUCUAUCUCUGGGCUGAGCCUGGAUUCUUGCAUUUUUGGAAGGAGCCCCAGUAUGCAUAGAGGAGAGUGAGGAGGUGGCCAUCCAGUUUCUUCUUUGGGAAAAAGUCCUCUCCCCACUCUCGCUGGGAGAUGUCUGUUUCCUUUGUUCCUAAAAAUGGGGCAGAGGGUUUUGAACUCUUUAACCCUAGUGGGAGAAAUACAGUACAGGGAGGAAACUCACUUGCAAAAGGGUGUUUUUCCUCUUCUAUUUGUGGUGUGUUUACCUCUAGGGCAGUUGCAUUCUGGAUGUUCUGAAAAUACACCUGGAGUGGUGGGGGGAGUGUGAGUGAUCCACAGAUAGCAUAGACUGGCUCAUGUGGCACUGAGUCACCCUCAGGAAAUGGGGCUGUCAGCACCCGCAUGCCCCUAUGGGUCCAGGAAGGCCCUGGGGGAAGGUGGGAGAUGCCAGCAGAAAGGCUGUCCUGUGUAGCCCUGGACCAUCAUGUCCUUGUGCCUAGGGUCAGCACAAGAAAAGUUCUAGGAAGGGGAGGGGCCCAAUAUGCUGGAAACUUGGACUGCCCUGCCUCUAGUCCCCAGCUGUGAAAAAUGCCUGGGAGUUGGGCCACUUGGCCAGUCCACUUCUUAGUAGAUGUUAAUUCCCUGCAAAUUGACCUUGGGAAUUUUUAACCCUUUGCAUCAAAUAAGUUACUAGAGCAGACACCCCCCUGCCCCCCACAAGAGUGAGGUUGUGUGAGGUGGCCUUGUGUGUACGAGUGUGGCCAGAUUCAGGGAUCUAUUUCUUUGCAUCCUAGAUGCAGGGCUUGCUGAAAAGCCACUCUGGAGCUAACCUGUCCUAGAAGAGAGGGGUUCACGUGUUGAUUCUGGCCUCAUAUGGGCUGGGAGAGGGUGGUGGAAAGGAAGGAACAUAAUCCUUCUGAGUUUCCCUACCAUGGGGCUAAGUUACAUGUCCCUUAUCCCAGAUGGAAGCUAGCAGUGGUGGCAGCACAGGGCUUUUUGUCAUGCCAUCUCCUCUGGGCAGGCAGGAUUCAUCAGUGAUGUAGCAGAGAAAGAAGUGCCCCUACAGUGAUGCUGGACUGUGGGCAGGGACAAUGAUGGAUGAUUCAGAGCAUCUGUCUUCGCAUUUCUGCUCAGCUUAGUUUGCCCCACUUUCUUCAUAGACUCAUUUUCUACAGGGAAAUCUGGAAAGGGCCCUUAGUAUGCAGCGGGCUCCAGUAUUGGGAUGGGUCAAGUCUUGUUUUGACAAGGGUGAUGUGAACACUCUUUGAGAGUACUCCCCAUCCAGUCUCUCUGCCACCCACUUCUACUAGGAAAGGAGAACUUGCAAGGCUGUUGGGAUCCCACAGGUCCCCUGCAAUGCCAGCAUUUAAUGGGGCUGAGACAGGAUCAAGGAGGGCUCCAGAGAAAGGGCCCUGGAUCACUUCUCACUCAUGGAACCACUGCCAGCCGGAACACUGAGGUAAAGCCAGCUCUUCCAGGAGCUUGACUCCCACCAGGAAAAUGUGACUGAGCUCUUCUUUACUGCCAGCCUCAAGAGCAAGAGCCUCUAUUUUUAAAGACAACAGAGCUGCAAGGGUACUUCUUUGGAAAUGAAAUGUAGCACAAGCCUAGACUGCAUUACCAGGAGCUCUGCCGGCAUCCUGUGGAGCUAAGCUUGGCCCUGCUGCCCCACACCAGGCCCUGCUGCCCUGAGGGCACCAAGCUCCUCUUCCCCUGGGGCUCUGGAGCUCCUAAUACCUCACAUUCCCCAUCGCCCUUGGUUCAGAAAGCAGCAGGACCUAAGUAAAGCUGCUCUUUUGUGCUUUUCUGAUUGCUUCCAGCACUGUGCAAACUCUGGGCAAGAAACUGCUGCCUUUGCCUGAUGUUGUAGAUGAGUUGCUCUCCACCUGGGUGGGGGAAAGGUGGCGCUGCAUCCAGGGCCAGAAGAUUGUCUGGCCAUAUUUCUGCUGUGGCUGCCAGGAAGUGGAAAAGAGGCCUGCUUCCCUGCCUUCUCCUUCCUUUCUCUUCCUCUCCUCACAGUUGUCUUCUCCAAUGUCCUGGAAUACACGAAGGUUCUUUAAAAUGUUGCUCCUUCUACUAGAUUGUCUUUUGCUGGAUGAUCAAGGAGGAGAUGAAAACGUAGAUCAUCCUCUGACUUCUCUCGAGUCUGGUCUCAUCAGAGAAUGGGACAAAUUGGAACAAUCACAUUGGAAGAGCAGGGGAGCCCCGCACCAUCAGAAGCAGCCUGAUAGUGGUGGAGUUGGCCUGGUCUGGCUUGGAAAAGGUUAUUUUGACAGAGUGCCUGAGCAUCUCAGAGCAAUGUCAGUGAUGCCAAAGAGAGCGACUUGGCCUCCUUGGGUACCAAUUCUGGGGGAGCUGCAGAAAUGCAGCUCAGAUGUGUUGGGAAGCCCAAGGCUGGGACCAUGUUCUCUGACAAAGGGCUUAAUUUUUCCAUGUAGCAAAGCAAUCCCCCCACCCCCAUCCCAAGCUUGGGAUUCUGCAGGCCCAGCAUGGCUGUGCCUAUGCAGGAAACCACAUGAGUAAAAGAAACUUGCACUCUCCUACGGGCCUAGACUAGCUUGGGAAGGUGCUCUUUGAGAAGCAUGAGUGUUAACGCUUUGGAGAGGCCUUCCAGGGCCAUUGCUGAAAACCUGGCCAGUAAGGAGAGGGCCUUGGAACUCCCAAGAAGUUCACACUGAUGCCAGGAAGGGCCCCUUGGACUAGAUUCCAGACCACCUGGAUAACAGAAAAGGGGCCUGGGAAUUCCAGGGACAACUGAGCAUCUGUCCUCUUAGCCAGUGACCUGGACAGGGAUGGUUGUUCUAUGCCAUUUUGCCAGAAACUGUGAUCUUGUACGACUACUCACUUUUUGGGGCCUCAGCUUCCUCAUCUGCAAAAUCUGAGCAUUAGCUAGUUGUCCAUUGUUCCCUCCAGGUUUUAGAAGUUUGAUCUGGAGCUGCUAAGCACUGCGAGCUGGGUGCACCUAGCACAUGGUUCCAUAGGCUGGUUUUAUCCAGCGCCUGGUGCCCAAGCUAGGCCUAGGUCCUCAUCUGAUCUGUGCCCAGAUGCUGCCUCUAACAACUCUGGGAAUCCUGUAAUACUCUGCUUUCACCUCUUCUUAGUUUUUUCUCUCUCCUUUACUCUUGCAUCAGCAUGAGAAAUAAUUAAGGGUAGUCUGCAGUGAACACUUUUCAAGGUGCUGAUGUGAUGUCACUGCCUCAGCUGCAUCCUAAGUAGGGUCUGUGUCCCUACCAGCAGAUGAGGCUGAGCUGUUCAUUAUUUCUACUUUUACAUGACAGCAAUGGGAAGAACGGAAGAUCUGAGAAUGUUAAAGAAUACACCCUCAGGUGGCAGGAGAGAGGGAACUGAUUUCCUAUCCAAAUAUUUUGCUUUUUAAAACCAUUCUUCUCUCAAAAAUGUUUUACCAGACAUUAUCUCAGAAAUCAGUGGCUGCUUCCUCAAGGAAAACAGGCCUGAGAGUUCUGUCAACUCCUUUAGUAUAUAAACUCACAAAAGGCAGGAAACCCUUUUUUUAGAAGUUCCAAAUGCAUCCUGCAAAAAGAGAGAUUAGCAGUUAGGGACUGACAAGCACACUGUUUAGAUAAAAAGCAAUUAGCCUUUUAUAUCUGUGUUCUCUGAAUUUUCUAUGUGCAGCAUCUUUCCAAACUCUGGUUCCUGGGUGGCAGGGGGACAGCUGGGAGGGACUGCUGGCUGUUUUAUACAAUGUUCUUGCCAAUUCCCUUAAGAAGAAAAUUCUUCACACGGCUUCUGCAUGUACAGUA